AUGACUUAUGUGGGAUGGCUGAAUGGAGAAGAGGAGUGGCUCAUGAGAAGAACACGAAGGAGAUCCUCGUCGAAAGGCUCGCAAAGAACCAUCAAGGCGAAAAGCUUGAUAACACUGGCAAACAAUCUGUAUGUCAGAAACGAGCUUGGGAAGUGUGUGGAAAUGCUCAAGGAGGCGAUCUGCCUUAUGCCGAGAAACCCGCAUCCAUACUUCACUCUUGGACUUAUUUUUGAGGAGAAGGGCGAAAUACCAAAAGCAUACUACUGCUUCUUUGUUGCUGCACAUCUCCAGAAAAACAACUACGGGCUUUGGAGAAAGCUCUACGACUAUUCACGGCAGCUUGGAUACAACAGAGAAAGAAUCUACUUCAUCGAGGUUCUGCAGAGGAAGGGAAACAAAAGGGAGAUGGUUGUGGAGAAGAUGGGGCUUUAUGGGAACGACAAGUUCAAGGAGAUAGGCUGUAGGAUAGAGCUGUUUGAGUUUGACGGUGUCGACGAUGGCAUCUUCGACGUCAUACACAGAAAUAUAACACACAAAGCCCGACUUGCACGGCUUGCAAAGAAGCUACUUAACUAUCUCAAAAAAAACGAAGAUUCAUGCUCGGACCAUUACAUUAGGCGACUAAUAAUUCUGAAGUACGAGGCUUUUGACUUUGUUGACAUGAAGAUGGUGUUUGACAGAUAUCUACUCAAGAGAAAUGUUGAGCUUUGCAUAAAGCUGAGAGUGAUAUACAUAAUGGCGUGCCUGCAUGAUAGGAAGGACGGAAACAUAGAAGAGCGGAUUGAUGCGUUUCUUGAGAACGAGGAGGUAUGGUCUAAGAUCACUGACAUUGGCCUUCUGAGGCAUCUUGUUGAUCUGCUUAUAGAAAACGACAUGAUUGACGAGGUGACAAAGUUGCUAGGCAGGAUAAAGAACAGCUUCAGUGGCCAGAGGGAGUUUGUGUACUGGAAGCUGGGGAAAAUGCUCGACGACAAGGGGAAGUAUGACGAAGCGCUUCUAUACUACAAACUGGUGCUUGAAACCAAUCCUGCCAAUGACGACGUUAAGUCGCGUAUCCAUUCGAUAUACACGAAGCAAGGAAACCAUGAGAUGGCUAAGAAGUAUGAGACGAUUGCACGGCUCAUUGAUAUUGUCGAUGGAAGGAGCAAAAAAGGAUGCGCAUAUUCUCCGGAGAUGUGCAUGAACAUAAGGUCUCUUUACGAAAGCACCAGGGUUGUCAGGAACGACUGCGGAAAGUUCAUUGAGUCUAACAGAGCCCUGGUGGAUGACUUCCUAAAGAAUAGGUUUAUCUUUGAGAGGAGAAAGAAAAAAGCAUCCACUGGGCUAAGGCCAUAUAGGCAAAGGCAUGCAGGAGUGCUUGAGAUAAGAAAUGAGGAAAAGGCCAUGAAAGAAGGAACCUCCGAGGGAUUCAGAUUUGUCGAUCUACAUGGGCUGAGCGUUGAUGAAUGGUUUGAUGUCAUCUCUGCACAAAUAUUUUCUCUUCUCUCUGUCUCCUGCACCUCCGAGGCGAUGUCGUUAUUGUUCAGGUCGUUGGAGGCAUAUAUCUUUAGACACAGAAGUGACAUCACCUGCAAACUUGUUUUCAUGGGCCUGAAGGCAUCCUUAAUGUUUGGAGAGUUUGGUGACUUCAUCUCCCUGGUAAGAAGUGCGAUUUGCCAUACAGGAAACUACUCAUACUCUUAUCUGCUGUUCUAUUUCAGCAACUUCUUUAUGAGCUUCCAAAAGAGCAAUGACUUUUCGUACUUCCAGAAGUAUCUUCAAAGGGUAUGCAGAAGAAAGCUUAGAAUCUGCCCAAGCCUAGAGGACGAGCUGUCUUCUGAGUCAUUGGAGAAUGAAACGAAGGAGGAAAAGGAAAAUGCAAACAGCCAUGGAGGAGCCCUGUGCCCGGAGUACAAGGAGGAUGUGCCAAGAAGGAAAACCACGGGCGUGACGCACUUCCUAUUCCUGAACUCCCACAUUCCGAAUCUUCUACAAUCAAAGACAGUAGAGAUGAUGUCUUCUCUUGAAAUGGAGGGAAGCACAUCGGAGAGCAUAAUCCUUGCAUCCAUGUUCCUCAUCCAUUCGAAGUCAAGAAGAGUGAGCGACAGAAACAUGUUUAUAAAGAAAGGAAUAUCCAUCCUCAAGAAGCUGAAAGAAAGGUCCGAGGGAGAAGAUGCAUAUGUGAUUUCGUACAACAUUGGAAAGGCCUACCAAUUCUUUGGGUUUCCUGGCCUUGCAGAGAGUUUUUACAUGGAUGCUCUGGGGACAUCUGAUGUUGAGCUCCGGAGGCUUGUACAAUUCAACCUGUAUCUUAUAUGCAAAAGAAACAGCACAAUGCAAAUAUUCAAGGACAUUAUUGGGAGCAGCAGAGCGGAUUCGUCUUCUGCGUAA